UUCUGCACUCCCGCUUCACCGGCCAGUUGGCCGAUCCCUUUCUUCAUCAGUUCCCGUUCGGUAUUCUCGUUAAUUUCUCGCUUGGAUUGGAGGCUGCAUGCCCUGCCCCUGGCUAGCUGCAGCAAUGGCGACUCGCGGUGGAGGGCCGGCUGCGGCAGCCGUCCUUCUGCAACUCCUCGGCUUCCUGUUUCUGCUGCGGGGAGUUCCGUCGCGAGCCGAGGACGACACCGUCGCCGCCGGACGGCCGCUGUCCGGCGGGCAGAGCCUCGUGUCCAAGCGUGGCAAGUUCAGGCUCGGAUUCUUCCAGCCAGACAACUCGACCCAGCGCUGGUACCUGGGCAUCUGGUACAACCAGAUCUCGGUGCACACCACGGUGUGGGUGGCAAACCGGGUGACGCCCAUCUCCGACCCGGAGUCCUCGCAGCUUUCCAUCUCCGGCGACGGCAACAUGGUCAUCGUCGACCACAGCAGCAGGUCUACCGUCGUCUGGUCAACCAACGUGACCGCCACCAACUCAUCCACGGUCGGCGUCAUCCUCGACAACGGCAACCUCGUCCUGGCGGACGCGUCCAACACCUCCGCCGUGCUGUGGCAGAGCUUCGACCACUUGGGCGACACGUGGCUCCCCGGCGGGAAGCUGGGCCGGAACAAGCUCACGGGCGAGGUGACGCACCUCGUGGCGUGGAAGGGGUACAAGGACCCGACGCCGAGCCUGUUCGCGCUGGAGCUGGACCCGCGCGGCUCCAGCCAGUACCUGCUCAACUGGAACGGCAGCGAGCAGUACUGGAGCAGCGGCAACUGGACGGGGACGGCGUUCGCCGCCGUGCCGGAGAUGACGCCCACCGGCGCGUCGCCGGUGUCCGAGUACACCUUCGGCUACGUCGACGGCGCGAACGAGAGCUACUUCAUCUACGACGUCAAGGACGAGUCGGUGGUGACGCGGUUCCAGGUGGACGUGACGGGGCAGAUCCAGUUCCUGACGUGGGUGGCGGCCGCAAACGAGUGGGUGCUCUUCUGGUCGGAGCCCAAGCGGCAGUGCGACGUGUACUCGGUGUGCGGGCCGUUCGGCGUGUGCACCGAGAACGCGCUGCCGUCCUGCACCUGCCCCCGGGGGUUCCGGCAGCGCGACCUGGCCCAGUGGCUGCAGGACGACCACACCGCCGGCUGCGCCAGGAACACCGCCCUGCAGCCUUGCAGCGCCGCCGCCGCUCGAGACGGGCAGAAGAAGCACAGCCGCAGGAACGAUGAUAGGUUCUACACGAUGCCCAACGUGAGGCUGCCGAGCAACGCGCAGAGCACGGCGGCGGCGAGUGCUCACGACUGCGAGCUCGCGUGCCUCCGUAACUGUUCUUGCACCGCGUACUCCUACAGCGGCGGCGGCGGCUGCUCGCUGUGGUAUGGGGACCUCAUCAACCUUCAGGACACGACAAGCAGUGGCACUACCGGAGGCAGCAGCAGCAGCAUCUCGAUCCGCCUCGCUGCGUCCGAGUUCUCUAGCAACGGGAACACCAAGAAACUGAUCAUCGGGCUCGUCGUCGGGGGUUUCGUCACCGCGGUCACCGCCAUCGUUCUGGCUACAACGUUCAUUCUAAGAAAACGAAGGAUCAAGUCGUUGAGGAGGGUCGAAGGAUCCCUGGUGGCAUUCACGUACCGCGACCUGCAGUUGGUGACCAAGAACUUCUCAGAGAAGCUCGGCGGCGGGGCCUUCGGGUCCGUGUUCAAAGGGGCGCUGCCCGACGGAACCCUCGUGGCGGUGAAGAAGCUGGAAGGCGUUCGGCAAGGGGAGAAGCAGUUCCGUGCCGAGGUGAGCACGAUCGGCACGAUCCAGCACGUGAACCUGAUCAGGCUGCUCGGGUUCUGCUCCGAGGGGUCGAAACGGCGCCUCCUCGUCUACGAGCACAUGCCAAACGGCUCUCUAGACAGGCACCUGUUCGGGGCCAGCAGCCAAGGCCAAGGUGUCCUAAGCUGGGACACCAGGUACCAGAUCGCCCUGGGAGUCGCGAGGGGGUUGGACUACCUGCACGAGAAAUGCAGGGACUGCAUUAUCCACUGCGACAUCAAGCCCGAGAACAUCCUCUUGGACGACGCGUUCGUGCCCAGAGUCGCCGACUUCGGGCUAGCCAAGCUCAUGGGCCGCGACUUCAGCCGCGUGCUCACCACGAUGCGGGGCACGGUGGGGUACCUGGCGCCGGAGUGGAUCGCCGGCACGGCCGUCACUGCCAAGGCGGACGUGUUCAGCUACGGCAUGAUGCUGUUCGAGAUUGUCUCGGGCCGGAGGAACGUCGGGCAGCGCGCAGACGGCACGGUGGACUUCUUCCCGUCCACGGCCGUCAGCCUGCUCCUCGACGGCGACGUGAGGAGCGCCGUGGACAGCCAGCUCGGCGGCAGCGCGGACGUGGCCCAGGUAGAGCGGGCCUGCAAGGUGGCGUGCUGGUGCGUGCAGGAGGACGAGAGCCUGCGGCCAAGCAUGGGGAUGGUGGUGCAGAUUCUGGAGGGGCUCGUCGACGUCAACGUCCCGCCCAUCCCGAGGUCGCUCAAGGUGCUCGCCGAUCCGUCCAAGUACGCCGUCGAGUUCUUCUCAGGCUUGCCGUCGACCUGAGAUUGGGCCACUGUCUGUUAGCGGCAUCAAACUUACAGUAGGGCGUGCAGUGGUGUAUAUACGGAGUAUGAGCUAAUGAGUUUGCCAAGAACUUACUCGUGCCACGAGCCCACGAACCUUGUGGUAGAAUAGAACUUCUUCAGGUAGCCAAGAAGAUUUUUUCGUACGGUUACUUGAACCAUACAUUCACUUAUCCGGAUGAGAAAUAUGUUAUGAUAGUAAUGCUCACUACAUGAAAAUCAACCAUGUACUGCAUGUAAUAUAUAAAAUUCUACCCAAAUGCUUCAAUAAUUUACAU